UGGCUCAUUUGUCAGUCCCCACCCCACUCGAGGCCGGCAGCUCCCUCAACUCGUACCCAUCGUUCAGAGGGGCCCCGGACUGUGGGUGCCGUUUUUGAAUACUAUGGUGGGGACUACUGGACUUUGGGGCUCUUAGGAAGACUUCCGGGCUGGUUCCUAAGGGAGGGGAGGGUGCUAUCUAAAAGAGCAGGUAAGGGGAGUGCCCACAGGGCUCUCCUCUGCUCCUGUUCGUGGUGGCUGGAAAUGCUCCCCUGGCUGUAGGCUUCUGUGGGUUCUGUUCUGCUCCUCUUCUGGAGUGGCAGGCUCAUUUCAAGGGAAGACGGUGGGGUGAAGAUUAUAGGGUCCUAGGGCCAUUCCUACUUCUGGUAGCAGUACCCCCCCAAGUGGACAUCCUGGCUGAAAGCAGAGCCGUGUUGCCGCCCGCUGUGCUAUGAGCAGUCAGAGCGCCGUCUCCACAAGAGUUUACAAAUGAAAAUGGAGGAAAUGUCUUUGUCUGGCCUGGAUAACAGCAAACUAGAGGCCAUCGCUCAGGAGAUAUAUGCGGACCUGGUCGAGGAUUCUUGUUUGGGAUUCUGCUUUGAGGUACACCGGGCUGUCAAGUGUGGCUACUUCUUCCUGGAUGACACAGACCCUGAUAGCAUGAAGGAUUUUGAGAUCGUGGACCAGCCUGGGUUGGACAUCUUUGGACAGGUUUUCAACCAGUGGAAGAGCAAGGAGUGUGUUUGCCCCAAUUGCAGCCGCAGCAUCGCCGCUUCCCGCUUUGCUCCUCACCUGGAGAAGUGCCUGGGAAUGGGUCGGAACAGCAGCCGAAUUGCCAACCGCAGGAUUGCCAAUAGCAACAAUAUGAACAAGUCUGAAAGUGACCAAGAGGACAAUGAUGACAUCAAUGACAACGACUGGUCCUACGGCUCGGAAAAGAAAGCCAAGAAGAGAAAAUCAGACAAGCUAUGGUAUCUCCCAUUCCAGAACCCCAAUUCCCCUCGAAGAUCCAAGUCUUUAAAACACAAAAACGGGUUCUCUGUCUGUACCUCUGCAUCAAACACCCUUCCCCUUCUUUUUUCUUCUUCAGGGGAGCUUAGCAAUUCGGAUCCUUUUAAGUAUAGCAACUCAACUGGGAUCAGCUAUGAGACCCUGGGACCGGAGGAACUGCGUAGCCUGCUCACCACGCAAUGUGGGGUGAUUUCUGAACACACCAAGAAGAUGUGCACAAGGUCACUGCGAUGCCCCCAGCACACAGAUGAACAGAGGCGAGCUGUGCGGAAUUUCUUCCUUGGGCCCUCAGCUGUCCUUCCGGAGGUUGAGAGCUCCCUGGAUAAUGACAGCUUUGACAUGACUGACGGCCAGGCCCUCAUCAGCCGGCUUCAGUGGGAUGGCUCCUCUGAUCUGUCACCUUCUGAUUCAGGCUCCUCCAAGACCAGUGAAAAUCAGGGAUGGGGUCUAGGUACCAACAGCUCUGAGUCACGGAAAACCAAGAAAAAGAAAUCCCAUCUGAGCCUGGUAGGGACUGCCUCCGGCCUGGGCUCCACCAAGAAGAAGAAGCCAAAGCCACCGGCCCCCACGCCCGGCAUCUACGACGACAUCAACUGACUCGGGUGCAAGGGGCAGCCUUUGGCUGAGCAGAGCCCUCUCUCCCAACCCCCACCCAGGCAGUAGAGCCUGGCACAUGGACGGCUACUGGGGGUUUGGGCUUGGGAAGCUUGGUGGGCCAGACAGGCAAAGGAUCCAGUUAGGCGCCCCUGGGGGGCGUCAGGGUCCUCUGCAACGGAGCAUGACCCCUCGGCGCGCAGGACUCAGACCUGGACAUAUUAUGCCUUGGACAUAAGUUUGGUGGGGAGGCGGUUUUCCUAUUUAUUCUGUGAGUUACUGGAUGUCCAGCUAGGCCGGGGGCCUGACCUGGGCACUGUGCCAGGGCACUACCUGCCCCUCACACCAGGAACUGGACUAAGCCCUGCUAAGGGGUACUGUGGCUACCCGGGAGGCUGUGGGCUGGAAGUUGAGCCCAGAGGGAGUCUUCCCCGGAUGCCCUCAGCAAUGUGAAUGGGUCUGGUGCUUGGAGCUGAGGGGCAGGACUGGCAUGUCCUGUCUGUGCAGAGUUGUGUCAGAUGCCCCCAGUUCAGGGGGUCAGCAGGCACAGUGCUGUCUGCUGAGGUGGGCGUCCAGAACUGCCACCACCAUCCCUGCCCCUCACAGGGGCAGCCCUUUCCCCUCAGUCCCCAUGGGCCUCCUUGGCAGCAGAAGCUGUCUUUUUGUUGGGUGCCAGGAAAGGGCCUCCAGCCUCUACAGCUUCAAGGAAUGGGGAGGGGAGGGGAGGGGAGGAAGAGGGAGCUGUGUAUCAAAAUGACUCCCCUUGCCGUCCCUCCCUGACCCAGGGCUGGUGAGGAGUGGGGCCCCAAGGUGAGAGGGAACGGUGCUGCUUUAUUUGAAAUGUUUUCUUACCUCAUUCCCUGCCCCAGGAAAGGGCCCAGCCUCACCCUCCUGGGGUGGCCCCAUGUCCCUCCUGCCCCACUGCCCUGCCCUGCCCUGCUGGGGCAGCCCAAGUUCCCAGCUGCUGCUUGCCUCCCUCCACCUUGACCAGCUUCAGUUCCUCUCUCAACGCUCCCACCUCCAAAGCCUGCCCUUUUUCCCCUUCCUUUGCCGCUUUUAAGUUAUUUAUUCUGUACUUGUGGUUUGGGGCUCUGAGGAAAAUCCUAAUUUUGUGCCUCUCCCCCUGUGCUAGGAGUAGGGUGGGAAGAGAGAGUGCUCUCUGCCCUGUGGAGGAGAAAGGGUGUUAUUGCCAGUCUGUGGGACUGUCAUGCCAGUGUGCCCACCUGCCUGGCCUACAUCCUGAAAAGAUGUACUAUCUCACCUCCGUGUGGGUACCAUCAGCCCCUGGAGGCAAGCUAGAGGACUGCGAGGGGCUGGGAGCACAGCUGACUUGACAGGGAUGGAGUUGACCCCAAGCUGAGUUCUCUGGCACUUGCUGGGCAUCUCCCGCCCCCCAGGAGGAGCCACUCUCAUAUUGGGUAGCUAGUACCCAGGACUGGUUGGACUGUUUGGGUUAGGGACCCUAGAGGGUUAAGGGAACAACAGCUAGGGCUACAGUGCCCUAUCUAGAACCCCAGUUUUCCCUUGGGGUGGUUCUGAUUGUGGCUCAUAUCUGGUGACAGAUCGGUUUUUAACCCAAGCAUUGUGAUUAUUUUUUAAGAAGCCAAGCUAAUUUUGGCAGGGGUUAGAGGAUAAAUCCUGGGGCCCAGGCUCCUCCGUUCUUGGCCCUCCACAGCCUUCUCCCUCUAGGGGGGAAGCCACCAGGAGAGGAGGAUCUAUGACCCUCCAGCAGCCUCCUGGUUCAGGCUUGGGAGCCAGCUGAAGGUGAGGGGAGGCAGGCCUAGUCCACUUCCUUCUGAGGCAGCUGCAGCUCAGGCUAAUUCACCCUUUCCCCCUGGUUGGAGGCAGAAGGGGGGUCGAUGGGAAAGACUUGUCCACAGAAAUUUCCCCUUUGUUCCUUGGCCCACCCUCAGGGGAAAGCCCCCUGCCCAGACUGGGUAGGAGGUGUGCUUGGUCCACCAAGGACCCUGAGGGAAUCCCUUCCCUUAUGGGGAGAGUGCCCCCCCCCCCAUGGUAUAGUUGAACAGGGGCUAGGAACUCCCCACUCUCAACAGCAGGCUGUGUGGGUUUCAAUUCCCAUCCCACCCCAGCUAGGUGUUGUCCACCCUGUAUCCUAUCAUGUGUCUGAGUGUGUGUGGGGGGGUUCUGUACUAAUUUCCAUGGCCGGUGGCUUUUCUUCCAUGCAUCACUCCCCCCCGCAUGCCCAGGGGCCACCCGCCUGGCAUUACCGCAUGCUGGGGUCAUUGGGGGAGGGGGGUGGGGCUCACGCUGUCCUGUGGUCUUGAGAUUUUUAUUUUUGCAUAUGUAAUCCAUCCUGUACAGGUAGCUAACUUUGUAAACGCUGUGUAUUCCCUCUGCCCCCAUGGCUGCUGGUGUAAAUAAACUGCAUCUCCUGUUGGUA